CCCCCCCAACCACCACCACCGCAUCUCCUCGUCGCUCUCAUCCUCUUGCAAUUUGUCGACCUGAUCAGUCUCUCUUUCACUACUCUACCCAUGAUCUGUCUACAACUCUACCGUCAUGCACACCAAUUCGUUCUGUUGAAAACUUGACAGCCUUUCAAUCUCCGACCGGCCGUUCGGAGCAGAGUACUUCCUCCACUGUGCAUUUUGUCCCGCUUUCCUUACGACUACAUUGCGAUCCGAGGCUGUCUUCACUCUUUUCCCUCAGUGAAUGGACAAGUUCCCAUUUAGCGUUGUUUGACCUCACCGUCCAUAUUCUGCAGUUUUCGACAUAGAAGGGAAAGAAAUCGAGUUGGAAAGACUCGAAGCGAAAGCAACCGGAUUAGAUCACGAUCGCUUCUUCUGCACCCGCCCGUACCAAGCCAUCAUGGACCAGGACAACUCGAUGGCAUGGCCGGGGUCCCUUCAGGAACAAUCGCUCAUGGCGGCCUCUGGCGAAGAUGAAUUCACUAAUUUUCUGGAGUUUGGAAUGCAUUUCCCCGAUCUGGAGGGGCACGGACCAGGCGAGCGACAGCUACAACCUCCUCGUUCUCUUCCCGCCUCGGUGUCGAUGAUGCCUACGACCACUGCUGAGCAGGAACAACUGGUCCGCAUGGACACAGACUCCCUUCCCAGCGCUCACCCGUCUUCAUCCUACAACAAUCGCAUCAUGGGGGAUUUCUCGUUUGACCUUUCCAGCCACAAUCAGCAAUCUCAGCCCCAAGAUCAAAUUCCUUCGUCCUACACCAGCGCUCCUGUAACCCCAGCCUUCUACAACCAGGAACUUGCACAACCUCAGAUAAGCAGCUGCAGCAACAAUCCCAUCAUGGACUGCCUACCACCUCGCAACCCUACAUUCCCACGGGCAGGCGAUCAUUCCCCUACUCCGAACAGUAUUGAGCUUCAGGGUAAUGCGGCACGAUAUCCGGCCCAGGUGGAUGAGAACCACGAAUUGUACGACCGAUACCCUCGCAUGAACGAAGAGCAGGCACUCUACACCCCUCUCGUCUCUCCCGCCAUGACACCGUUAGAAACUCAAUUUCGACUGCCCGAGUACACAAUUCCCGGGGAGUAUUUUACCCCCCUCACCUCUCCAGCUCUUGAGGCCCAGAACUCCAACGGAAAUGGCUAUCCGUUCCAGUCGGUAUCCGAGGUCGGUUUUCUGCACUCUCCUGCCGACGCUAUCCCCGGCUCUUCUGCUCCUUCCUCCCCUGGCCUGAUGAGGAACCAUCGUCGCCGGCCAUCAACCACUAAAUCGUUUUCCUCACGCGCCAAGAAACAACAAUCGCCAUCGGUGCGCCCACAGACACGAAAGAAGUCAAUGCUGAAUCUCAACUCCCACGAAGUUCUCAAUGGUCUCAGCCAAGAUCAAGGAGUCUCCAAAAUACUGCCUCACGGUGUGAGUGGGCUUCGCCAGAGCAGCAAUGAGAGCUCCGACCAAGAUUCUGUAUCGCCGGAACCCCUUUCGGAACCAUUGAUGCCGCCGCCUGCCCUGCCCCUGCGCGAAACCGACCAGUCACAAACGAGCGCUCCGGCAACCCCAGCAAUGUUGAUGCGUCUUCAACGGCCGCAGCCCGCCGAGAAUCCAACGGGUCAAUUCAAUGGCCAAGCAAGGCUCGUAUCCACGGAAUCUUAUGACGACGUCAUGGAGGAUGUUAUGCUCCCGGAAGCUGCCAACCCGUCAUCACAACUCUCUCGACCUCAGGUCGCACGCAUUGAUACCACCAUGAAGUCAGGCUCGGCUACACCAGUUACAUCAGCGAGUAUCACGCCGUCGUUAGAACCCAAGUCAGCACCAGUUAUGGAUCGGAAUCCUGGCUCCAUUGCGCCGAGCCCACGCACGAUGGCCAUGCCUUCACCUAGCGGACCGAUCGCGAAGAAGUCGGAUACACCUAAGCUUGGUCCGAUGGGGAGGAAACGGCAGAGCCUGAGCUCGACACACGCCAGUCCUAAUUUGCGACCCAAGAUCAGUCCUAGCAUUCAGCCCUUGGUGCGCGGCGAAGGCAUUUCAAGCGAAACCUCGGCUCUGUACUUGGCGUCCAAAUCUAACUAUCAACAUAUUCUGGACGGAACGCUACUGCCUGGUGUCUCAUAUCCCGAAACCUUGGCUGAGAAUCUCAGCUCAAAGAGAACGAAUCACAAGCUCGCAGAGCAGGGCCGCAGAAACCGAAUCAACAGCGCCCUCAAGGAAAUCGAGUCUCUGAUCCCAUCCGCGUUCAUUCAGAUGAAGCACGCCAAAGAGAAUGUGGCCAGUCAUGCCAAAGGCGACAAAGAAAAGGAGAAAGAGAAAGCCGGGGCACAAACAAUCAGCAAAGCCAGUACCGUGGAACUGGCUAUUGACUAUAUCAAGGCCUUGAAACAGGAAUUGGACGAAACGAAAGAAAAGCUGGUCGCUGCUGAGGCUCGAAUAGGAGAGAAUGGAGCCGCGAAGGAUGAAGGCUGCAAAGCGGCCACGGUAUCUUCACCGGAAAACGGGAACUCGAAGAGCCCGAAUGGCACACAGGGCUCUAGUACGGCAGGAGCCGCUGGUACUAGCACGGAAGCUACUGGCUCGACAUAAUCAUGCAUGGGACUUGAUCGCCAAAGAACCUUUACAUUCUCCCUACCAGCAGCUGGGAGCAUGAUCACGCGGUAUGGGUUACGAAGCAAAUCUGUUAGCAACACAAUGGACUUAGACAUGCCAGGAGGGAACGAAAUAACUGGUUUACCAGUACGACCACCUGUAUAGUGACACUACCUGGAGUUCAACAUCCGUCGACCACGGAUGGGCGUUAUCUUUUGUCAUCUGGUGUGGCAUUUGUCUGUGUAUGUUUGUCGGGUGUGGUUUGUUUGCUUUGUUUGCUUUUCUUCAUAGGCGCGUUUAUAUGUGCUACAUCUCUUUGCGCUGACUUUCGGUCAGCCAUGCCAUUCUACC